AGCUGUCGCUUACGAUUACCGAUUAACGAUUAACCACUGCUUGAUUGCAAUGAGCACAAACGACGAUAGUGAAAGUGCAAAUCAGCUGAGACGCGAUCAUGAUUUGGCCGAGCUGCUCGAAUGGUUUCAAAACAACGAGAAUUUGCCGCAGGAAAUUGAGCCGCUGCUGCUGCGUCGCUUCUAUCAGUGCAUGUACGGCAAUGUGGAGGACACCAAGCAACUCAUCGAGGUGAACUAUGCGCUGCGCAACAAGCAUCCGCAUCUGUUCAUCCAACGGGAUCCACUCGAUGCCGACAGUCGUCGCACCUUUGACUAUGCAGAUAUUCUACCGCUGCCUGGCUUGACGCCGGACAAAUACAAAGUCUCGCUCUAUUGCUUUCGUGACUUUGAACCUUCCAAGAUGCAUCACACGGAGGAUACACGUGCCUUCUUUAUGGUCACCGACUGUCGCUUCAUUACGCCCGACGAUGCCGCACACCCGGAGGUGUUGUCGGUGGGCGAGGUGCAAAUCUUCGAUAUGAAGGGCACCACAAUGCGGCACAUCUCACGACUCACAAUUAGCACACUGCGCGCAUAUGUCAAGUUCCUGCAGCUGGCAUUUCCUGUGCGCCUCAAGGCCAUACACAUGGUCAACUGUCCUACGUAUCUCGAUCGCAUCGUUAGCGUAGUGAAACCGUUCAUCAGCGAAGAAGUCUUCAAAUUGAUACGCUUUCACACGUCCAGCAUUGACACGCUGUACAGCUUUGUGCCGCGCCAAAUGUUACCCGAGGAAUACGGCGGAUUGGCCGGGCCGUUGGCAACUUUACGUGCACAAACCCAACAGGAUUUGGCCGACAAAAGGGAGUAUUUGAUGAAUCCGAAUCAUUGGCAUGUCGAGAAGCAGGAGAAGCGAAGUGGCAGGUCGUGGAAAUUGUUUUAGCUCAGCCAAAAUGAUCCCUAAAGGAAUCUCAACUGACAGCGUUUAUUUUAUUUUAUUAUUUUUUUUAUGGCGUUGUACUUUGUUUCUAAUUGUGUAGUU